CACUCAAGCACCGCUUCUAAUCUCUUUCGUGUAGUGUCCUCACUCCUCGGCCAGAUUUUUCUCUGACGUUGCUCAGAUCUCUCUCUGUUUCUCCAGGGAUACAUCUUGGUUGGGCAGCCUGGGCGGUUCGUGGAAUAUGGAACCAAAACAAAACAAGAAGGAAGCAGAGAUUCCUGUGGAGACAUCGACCGGACCAGAAUCUAACAUGAAGGAACAACAAGAUAACAAAAACAAAUCUGAGACUCCUGCAGAGGCAUCUACUAAACCAGAUUCUAACAAGAAGGGAGCAGAGACUCCUGCAGAGGCAUCUACUAGAUCAGAGUCAUCAAGGAAGAACACCCCCCAAUCAUUAAAGUCCAAAACUAGAAUUGCAAAGUGGAAACAAGGAAAGAAGAAUAAGCAUGUAUUUAAGGGCAACAAAGAAAGUACCAAUAAUGAAGGAGAUGUGAAGAAGCUAAAAUCUAGAGAAGAGACAGAGAAGAAUAUUAAUAAUGAAGAGUGUAAGGAUGAGAGCGGUCAGCCUCAAAAGGACCAAGAGAAGAUCAUCCAGUUGGAAAAGCACAACCAAAAUCAGAGAAACAAAAGAAGGCGUGGUGGGUCAGACAGUAGCUUAAAGAAUCAAAACAACAAAGAAAAGCAUGAUGGCAUGGAAAAGAGCCACCAUGAUGAGAAAAACAAAGAAAAACUUGGUGGUUUGAUCUUUAUGUGCAAUGCAAAGACGAAACCUGAUUGUUUCCGCUAUCGUGUAAUGGGAGUUCCACCAAGUAAAAAAGAUGUUGUGAUGGAUGUCAAACCUGGGCUUGCACUUUUUCUCUAUGACUUUGAUCUGAAGCUUCUGUACGGGAUAUAUAAGGCAUCCUCUAAUGGUGGCAUGAAACUUGAGCCAAGAGCUUUCGGUGGGGCAUUCCCUGUUCAGGUGCGGUUCGGUAUUAAGAAGGACUGUCUUCCGGUACCUGAGACUAUUUUUAAGAAGGCAAUCAAGGAAAAUUAUAAUGAAAAGAACAAAUUCAAAACAGAACUUACUGUCAAACAAGUUAGGAAGCUCGCGGAACUUUUUCGACCAGCUGAAGUCCAUUCGAACAUGCUGCCUAUCCACCCUCCACAAGUUUCUAGAGUUCGGGAUAGGGAAGUUCAUGAAAGAGCAAGAGAAACAUGGCCCCAUUCUCAUAUGGAAACACUUGCUAGGGAUCCUUAUACCAAGGGUGAUUCUAUUAGUUACCCUUUGCUGUCUCACGAAAGGGAUCAUCAGCGUAUUGCAUACCAAGACAUGACAACCAUACAGAGAGAGGAAAUUCCUCGUGAACGUUACCUGACUGAAAAGGAGUACAGAGCUUUUGGGCUUCAGGGAGAUAGAAGAAAUUUAACUCCCCCAUCUCAUAUUGCUCCUACUUUGGAAACGUACCAGAGAGACUAUGAAAGAGAGCACCUGCUAAGACAGCCAGACCAUAUGUAUAGGGAUGCCGUCUCUGCACACAGAGAAACUAUUCGUGCUGAUCCUCUCUACUUGAAUGAGAGAGAAUAUCAGGCUUAUGGUCUUGUUGGUAGACAUGAAUUGCCAUCUUCAGUUCCUGUUGCAACUGCAGCAUCAGCUACUGCUUUAGGCUCCUAUACCAACGAUCCAUACUAUGCUUAUCAUUAUGGUGCUUCAUCAGUGGAUCCAUAUGAUCCAAAUCUGAGGAGGCAGGAAGUACCUUCAGGUUCUUAUCCUGUUGGCGGAGCGUACUCGACUGAGAUCGCUCAUUUGCGCCAUACAGAAAGUGAUCAAGUUGAGGGGUUAUACUCCACAUAUGCUGCCGAUGCUCCACCGCCUUAUAACCGGACACAGCACUAUCAGGGUACCCGGCCUGAAGCUGGAAAUGUGCCAGUUUCAUCUCGGUACUCUUUUGCUUGUCUAUCAUUCCCACCCCAGUGACUGAAUUUGCAUCUUUCAUGGACAGAGAAUGUGAUUGCUUUGUCACCAAUUGUUGGCCAUAAAUUUAGUGAAUCGCAAACUAGGAUUACAAAGGGUAAUGAAGAAGAAGAAGAGGAGGAGGAAGGAUUACAAAGGGUAGCACUGGGCUCUAGGCUCUGAUAACUUUUGACAAAGGCUGAGUCGUAUGAGACUGCCUAGUAACUACGGUUGCUUGCAGUUAUUGUUACUGCCCUUAUUUUAUUCUUUCCUUUGAUAAACUUUUGUUGCAAUGGGCUGUUGAAACGAUGGAUGAUUACUAGUGAUGAUUGGGCUAUGAACUUUCUCAUUUGGGGUCUAGGAACUUCUAGUACGAUAAUCUACGUGUAUGCAUUUGGGUUUCGGUU